CUCCAGUCGGUCUUUGCAACACCAUCUUUCUUUCUCUAUCACAACCACAUCUUUGACCUCGUUACAAUGCCCGUCGUUAACGGCGUCGUUAUCUGCAAUGGCACCAACCCUCCUAAGAAGAAGAAGAACGGUGACCAGCUUCCCAAGACCUUGAACCCUCUGGCUCCAGAGUUCGUCCCCAAGGUCCAGGAGCCCACUCCUCCCGAUUCCGGAAGAUCCACUUUCGUCGACCCUGUUCAUACAACCCCGGUGAAGCAGAAUUAUCCUCCUUAUCUGGGCCCCUUCCUCUAUCCAGAGUGGCCUCAGGAGCCCUACCAGGGCACUGGUGGAUCUCAAGUGCCCUACCUAAGCCCUUAUCGCCAGGCCUUCAACGCCUCCUACCAAGUAGAGGUACCUCUAGGCUAUACACCCUAUCCGGCACCUGCCGCCGCCGCCGCCACCGCCGCCGCCUGCGGCUACGAGUCUCACAUCAGCUUCGGUCGUAACAUUACCCAGGAAAUUAUGGCGGUGUUGAAUAAUCCGUCCCCGCCGAAACCCUCCACAUCCACAGAUGGAUCUCAAGCGCCUGCCCACCCGCCGCCUAACGCAGUCCCGCAAACAAGUUGA